UACUGACUGAGGAGGACGAGCACGAAGCAGACGGGGAAGUGGCAUCUGAAGGUGAGAAGAGUAUAGAGGAGGAAGAUGCAGAGGAGGAAGGAGCAAAAUGGCAGAGAGAAAAGCUCAACGUUGAAGAGGAAAAUGAAGACUCUGGUUACAGAAUCGUUUGGUCCACUCUCUCCCUCUUGUCCUCUUAUCACUGCUGCAGUGUCUCAGUGCUUCCAUUACUGACCUUCUGCAGAGACCAUGCAGGCGUUUGUUCCCAGGUCGUAUCUGACCCCAGUGAGAGAUGAGGAAGCGGAGUCUCAGAGGAAAGCUAAGUCUCGCCAUGCCAGACAGACCCGCAGGUCAACACAGGGGGUCACUCUAACAGACCUGAAGGAGGCUCACAAGACCAUCAGCCUGUCAGCUCAGGACACACAGACAGAGGAGGGAGGUGCAGAUGACAGGUUCUGUCUGACAGAUGAGAGGAGAGUCACAGCCAGCCUGAAGUCCACACUAACAGAGAUCAGGCCAAAAUGGAGCCAACUGGACGAGCAGGGGAACAUUGAACCCUGGUUACAAACUCUCACUGAGUCUCCAACAACAAACCUUUCAUCCUGCGGUCUGCAGCACUGCAACAACUCCUACCAAGCUGGCGAGAGAUGGCAGACGGAUAAAAACCAUAACCCUGUGGAAGAAGCAGAGCACCAACAGAGUUACUGUGAUGGUACAUGGUGUGAGCACGAGAGACUGUCAAGAUAUGAUUCCAGCGGAGAGACUGCAGCAGAUAAACCACUAGGCCACAUCAGCUCGUACACACGGAGGGAGGCGAGGCUGGCUUCUCUGAGCAAACAAGUGCAGGACUCUGCUACCAAAGACUACAAGAAGAUGUACACAGAUGCAUUGCAUGAAAAUGAGAGGCUCAAGUCCAGACUGCAGGACAGCAAACAGGAGCUGGUCAAGAUACGCUGCCAGCUGGAGAAAGUAACUCAGAGGCACAACAGAAUAUCAGACAGAUCAGCAGUACUAGAAUCUGAGAAAAGGGAAAAACAGGUGCUUGAAAAGAGAGUGUCAGACAUGGAGGAGGAUCUGAAGGCUGUCCCUGCUCUGGCUCAGGUCCAGGCCCUGCGACGGGUCAAUGAGUGUCUCCUGGCUGAGAACAGAGCUAUGCUACGCGCCCUUGCCCGCCUCUCUGAGACAGCCUCCAUGCCGGAAACGGAGGACCUCUGAACCCCUGACCUUGUCUGUCCUUCUCCCCCCACGCUGUCCCCUUCUUCAGACACAUUCCUCUGUCCUCCUGGUGCCUCCACAGCCCCUGUUCCUCUCAGGCAGGUCGUGCGUCCUGCACCGUGCCGAUGCUCAGCCCCCCCCUCACGCUUUAUUACAUUUUCCUGCAUCUUCUCUUGUACAUCAAUCAGCUGCUCCCACCUCACAGUCACAAAACACUCCUCACACGCUUCCUUUGAAGCGUACUUUUAGUUCCAGUUAUCGUUAUCUCUUAAGAGUCUUUCUUUUGAUGAAUCUAAACUUAGCAUUUAUAGAAAACUUUGAAGCAGUGACACACAUGAUCAAUUUAAAUCUGUUUCCCAUUAGCUAAAGUGAUGAAGCUGGAGUACAAGGAUGAUAAGUGCCCUCCUGCCUGGAUGUGGUCUGGAGGUCAAACAAACUACAGCUACAGUUUCAUCUAUGUUAAUGUGGCAACUUCACAGCAAGUCAUUUUUGGCAUCCAGCCAAAAAGUAGUUCCAGCACAGAACCCCCCCGUGAAACUGCAGCUUUGAAUCCUGCACAUAUCAAGCAAGCAUAAUAAGAUGUCUUUGUAUGGAGACUGGUGAGCUGUUACUCUACUGUACCACAGUGUGUCAGGACAUUAACCCAAGCAAUGGCCACGGCUUCUUACUUAGAUGGUUUUCCUCCCUUCUUAUUUGAGUCAUAAAAUCUGAUCUGAAUAGUGCAAGCUGUCAAAGAUCUGCAUUUUGAGAGCAUUACCCAUAGAAUAAAUCAACAAAAAUCUGGAAUUUCAGCAGAAUCCAAUCAUGUUAUGUGCCACAGGUCACAAACAUGUCAAUGCCAGAUCGUCCUCUGUUUUGUCACAGAGCAAAAAGAUGUUUCUCUCUGGUAUAGGGGAAAUAAUUUGACAAAGAGGGUGGCUAUUUUUAAAGAUGACCUUUCGUGAGACACAUGACCUACUUUUAAGAAAUUGACCCGCUCUCCGUUUCCCUUCCUGACUUUUCUCACCACAGUGCAUGAUCAGGCUAUAUAACAUGUCCUCGAUGCCUGGCCUCAAAAAAACAUGAUUAUUAAUGUCCUGGUAAAUGAACUGCACCCCCUGUAAUUUUCAGUUACAAAGCAUCUCUAUGAUUCAAAUACUGUACAUUCUCAUGAUGCUACAAACUUACCUUUUGGCUGUUCCAGGUUUUAACAGAGCUGAAGUCCGACAACCAGAGAUUAAAGGAUGAGAACGGGGCGCUCAUCCGAGUCAUCAGCAAACUGUGCAAAUGAAACAACCCGAGCUCCAGAGGUGUGUCUGUUUUGUGGAUGCAGCCAUUUAACUUUCGGAGAUGGACCAAGCUUUAACUUUUACUGAAAAAGACCAGCCAGGACUAAAAAAGGAGCGUUAUGUUUUGUUGGUCUUUAGCAUAUACAAUACACUGAUGUACACCUUUACCAGUAAAGACAAUUUGUUGCAGUGUUAAAGGUCUGUAUGAAGAAACUAUAUCAUCACAUUGUGACAUCACGUUUGUUGCUGCAUCAUGCACUGUACAUUUUCUUUUUAAUGUUGCCUUAAUGUCACUUGUGUGACUGAACGUCUAUUUUUGGUAGUACUAAUAUAUUAUAUAUGCAUUAUAUUACUGAUAUAAUCUACUGCAUCACUGUGACCAUGCAUCCAUUGGGAUCCUCAAAGGUCAGUUUGUUAAUUGGCAAACCUCUGAUCCAGACACAAUCAUCUAAAAACAAGUGUUAUCAAAUCAAAACCUUCUUUUAAACAUUAGUAAGUACAUAAGUACAUGUAUAUAUCCUAGCAGGCACUCAACUGACCUUCAACAUUAAAAUAUCGUUGAAAUAAGAUGAUAUACUGUAUGAAAUAUAUGAAACAACGUUUGUUUCUAUGUAAUGUUGACAGCAAGGCAUUGAAAUAAUGUUGCCCUAUCAAUGUUGAUUCAACGUUCAAAAUCAACACAUAAUCCAAUUGUAAUUCAACAAUAAUUAUAAUGCUGAUUCAACCAUGAUUUAACGUUAAAAUGGCUGCUGGGUGCAGUACAUUUCAGGGCAGUUGAGAUCACCUUCAUGGAUCUGUCAGUAAUGUUCUGGCGAUGUCUGGGUUUUCUAUUGCUUAGGUUGCAGGUUCCUAAUAAAGUGUCCAGUGAUGAUUUUGUCCCCAGUGUGUUUAGUUUUCAUGCACAUGUAAGGACAGUGUUACCUUCAUCUCUGAAUGUUACACUUUCCAUUACAUUAUUUAGGGUUUUCAGAUUCGGUUGCUUUGUUUUUUUCUUUGUUUGCUAAACUCUUAAAAUCAUAACAUGUUUUUUAUAAUUUAGAUAUACUGUAAUUAUUUAUUCAUGCAUAUAUUAGUUUUUUAAGGACUGCAGUUCAGUUGAUCUUUGUGUUCACUUCUACGUCAGCAAAACUGUUCAAAACAAUUCAUCGUUGAAAUGUUGAGCUAGUUCUGCUUUCGUUUGAACAGUAUCAACAUGCAUCAGCCUUUGUACACAUCAUUUGUGGGGCAAUAUUUACCUAAAAAAUGUUUUCUGUAAUUUUUGGAACAAUGAGAAUUAAAAGCUGUAAGUGAAACAAUUAAA